UUGAUAGUCACUAGUCACUGAUGGAAUGGGAACGCUACGUUCCCGACAGUCAUCCAACAGUACGACAUUGUAAGCAAAGGUAAUGAUAAGCCGAUUGGCCAUCGCUGUAGAAGUUUUGCCAGUCGCAUGUUGUUCGCAUACGUAGAUUAAGUACUAGACAUUGCUUUGAAGCUUUUGCAGAGCAUCACUUCAUAUGUGCGAUAGUUGUGCGACACUAGAUCACGUGCCUUUAUGUACCGUAGUAUGCUUAGACCGUGUCUUUAUGCUCCAGCCACAUACUGAAUCAUGGACAUCGACAAGCUUUUCAAAGUGCCCAAGCUGCCCGCAGGCUCGAAGCGGAAGAUGCCAGACAAUCCUACACCGGAGAUGCUGAAGAAGAUGCGUCUCGACACUCCCUCGGGCGCUGAUUCAGAGGAUUCAGCCAUGGUCGUUGACAUGCCCGAAAGCAGCUCAGCUGCUCGCCGACAGUCGCGACGCGCAACUGUAGAAGAUGGGGACGACGAAGGGGUUGACACCUCGUUUGCUCCAGGGGGUGACGCGGAUUACUUUGCCGAGGAAGACGAAGAAGGACGAUUCUACGGAGGAGGAUUGACCUCGGAACAAAAGCAAAUAUUGAGUAUUUUCGAGAGUGCUGAAGGAGAGGGCACAACGGAAGACCCAGAAGGAAUAUCAAUCACAAGCAUAAGAAGAACUCUACUGAAGUUUGAGCGAACUGUCAACAAAAAUCAAGACCAACGCUCGAAGUACCCGGAUGACCCGUCAAAGUUCAUCGACUCUGAAGCAGACCUCGAUAGUGCGCUUAAAUCUCUUUUGUCUUUAGCACAGUCACCAGUGCUGGCCUACCCGGAACUUGUACGUUCGGGUACUGUGAGUUUACUCAUUGGGCUCCUAAGUCAUGAGAACGCCGACAUCGUCAUUGAUGUUGUCGAUGUGAUCCAUGAACUUACUGACGAAGAUGUCGGGAAUGAGUUAGAAGAUGAGGAGGAGCAAGAGGAAGCGCAGGCGGCGCUGAAGACCCUCAUUGAAGCUUUGUUAGAGAAUUCAAUCUUGGAGUUACUUGUUGACAACCUCUCGCGUUUAAACGAAACGGAAGAAUCAGACAGACAAGGUGUCUUCCAUAUUCUCGGUAUAUUCGAAAACAUGCUCGGCUUCAACCCUGAUCUUUCCCUUAUACUGGUUUCGAAAACCAAGAUGAUGAAUUGGUUACUCGAUCGUGUCCAGUCCAAGACCCACAACGAAAACCGUGGCUAUUCCGCAGAAUUGCUUUCCAUUCUUUUACAGAAUAAUACAGCGAAUCGUCAAGAUUUUGGCAAGAAAGAUGGCGUCGAGGUCGCUCUUAACGUUCUUUCUCAAUUCCGGAGGCGUGACCCAGUUGAUGCCGACGAGACUGAAUUUAUGGAGAACUUGUUCGACGCUCUUUGUUCUGCGUUAGCCGAGCCUGAAGCCAAGUCUUUGUUCCUCGCGAGCGAAGGUGUUGACCUCAUGCUUCUUAUGAUGAAGGAGAAAUUGCAAUCGAAAUCGAGAGCAAUCAAAACUCUCGACUACGCGAUGUCCGGCACAGCAGGCACCAUCAUCUGCGCAAAUUUUGUCGAGGUUCUUGGUCUGAAAACGCUCUUUGCUGCUUUCAUGGGCAAGGGUUCAAAGAAAUCUAAAUCCAAUGGACCUGCAGCAGCUUCUGAAGAUACUUCACAUAUCCUUGGCAUUAUCUCCUCGUUAUUUUCAAACGUUCCAUCGGAAUCUCCAGACCGAAUACGUCUACUCGCCAAGUUUGUAGAAAACAACUAUGAGAAAGCUGACAAACUACUCGAGGUGCGGGACAAUGCUCACAAUCGCCUGAAAGUUGUGGACGCAGAGAUUGAGGCAGAGAAAAAGGACACCCUUGCUGAAGGCGGUGAAAUUGAACCAGAAGACGAGGAUCUGUUUUAUCUCCGCCGACUGGAGGGAGGACUAUUCACGCUGCAGACAGUCGAUUAUAUCCUCGCAUGGGUAGUCAUGGAGGACGAUGGAAUUCGCGCGCAUGUCACACAAAUGCUAGAGCGCAAGAACCAGUCCCUGAAAGACAUUACCUCGACCCUUAAAAUAUACCGUGACAACCUCAACGUUGACAUUCAGAGUAACGGUACAGCUACUGAUCACGAUCCAGAAGGUGGAACACUGUCACAAAAAGAGAUCCUGCAACAUCUGAUCGACUUCCUGAAUGAGACGGAGCAGGCUAUAUGGCAUUAAAAUAUAUAGCGAUAUAUGAGUAAAGUACGGUCGUACGACCUGUUAUGCAGCAGUUAGUGUAGCAGACGCGAAAAUCAUUUCGAGUGCGCCUUUUGUUUUGACCAGUUCUUUUUGGAACCGAAUCUCGGCAAGGACUUUCUUUCGUAGUCGCAUGAAAAGCGAAUCGAUGAGUGGUGACUGUCCAAGUACUGGCGUGUACAUUUCUGCGUAGAUAAGUCAGGUCAGCAAAAGUGCAAGAAAAUCGAUCACGUACCGAUGACCAGACUUGAGACAUCGCACACCAUUUCACCAAAACGGGGAUCGGCGACAUGCUUCACGAGAAGAUGCAAGACUGGUUCCAAAAGGACAUCAUCUCGACCUGCCAAUGCACUCCGAAGGCCAUCACGAUGGAUCAGUUCUUGUAUAAGAGAGAAGGUUGUUGUCGGAGGGACAUU